AGAGUGAUUCAUUAUUACACAAAGUUAUUUCAACCGAAAUGUUUACACAAGAAACCAGAUACUGUAUAAAGCUAAGGGUUUUAUAAUCAGGGACUUCACCUGUGCAGGCAAACGUCUCUGUCCUUACAAACCAGUUACAAUCUCAGCACUGUCUUUCUGUGUACUGACUCCAUGGAGACAAAUAAAGGUAAAGACACACACGCGCACACACACAGACAGACAGAGAGAGAGUUGUACACACUUGUAGGACGUCCUCUGUUGGCUUUUGUCACUAUGUAAGUCUGUAGUUAACAACAUUAACCUCUCACUGUAGCACCAUGUGAGUUUGUCUUACUACUGAACAUCUGAACAGGAGACAAACACUCCAGCUAUGAGAUCAACUCGAAGAAGCGAGGUUUCUCUCAUCAAACUCCAUUAGACAUGUUUGUGACUGUGAUACUUGGAGAGAAAAGAGCUGAGCUGCUCAACCUCAACUGCCGCAUUGUAAAUUUUAUCCACUGUCUCAAAGAGAAGUGCAAACUGGAUCCACAAGUACAAGUGGACUUGCUGGACCGAACUGGAGAGAUAGUGCACUUGAUGGAGAUGGAGCACAGUGUGGAUCUCGUCAGCACUUUGCUGAAAGGCCGACAGAGCUACAUCGUAUUGAGUGUGUCACGCUCUGAGGGCAGCGAGGAGCUUCAGUAUUCUGCAGUGCAUGAUGGGGAUUUAAGGAAAAGUCAUCCAGAGGUAGAAGUGAUGUUGAGGAAGCUGUCAAAUCUUUCCAAAAAGCGAGACAAAAGGUCUGCUCUGAAGAAAGGAUCUGUCAGUCAUGUCAAGACUAAAGUCACUUCCACCUCCACUAAGAGCACUACUUCGGCACCCGGGAGCUGAAAAAAGAAACACUUGAGCCGGAGAUAUUACAACUUUAAAAAGUCACACUCGCUGGCUGUGGCCUGGGGUACGCUGUCUGUCUCCUACUGUUUAAAACCUUGUUACAUGCCAAAAAGUUCCCACAACAGCAGCCUAGAAGGAAAAUGUAAUUGGUUUUCCUUUUUCCCACUCUGGUUUUGUUUUGUUGUUUUUUUCCCCCCGCAUGUUUCUCUGCAGUUUCCACUUGUGUGUGUGUUUUUUUUUUUUUUUUAACAUAUUUUUAUUCCCAAUCCCUCACCCCUAUUUCUUUGUUGUGUCCCAGACAUCCAUUUCAAGUCCAUACCUUGACUCUGAGUGACUGAUACACACUAGUCAUGUUUUUACAUCAUGUAUGAAACCACAGCAUUUAAAAAAAAGAAAUAAAUAUGAUAUUUCUGUAAGAUAUUGUGUGUUAAUUAAACGUUAAUGACCAAUCUAAGAAAAUAAAAUCACAUGCUGUUGUCUCUGUGUAUGUGUGGGUUUCCUCUGGGAUGUCCAGUGUUCCUGGGAUAGUUUCUGGAUCCACCACAACCCUGACCAGGAUAAAGCACUUACUGAAGAUGAACAAUGAA